UGUAGAGGAGAGCACAAUGUAUAGGUGACUGCAGCCUCUCCUUCAGCAGAGUAUAUCCAGCUGGAUGAUACUUAAAGCUCCCAGAUGUAUUAUUUGUUAUCGUAAAGUAUCUACAAGUUUAUUUCCUCACUGGAUUAUGACCUGUUGCCUGUGAUCCUGUUCCUCUGGACUUGGAGACUGCUAAACUUCAUCUUCAGAUUCUCUCUGUACUCCGUUUCUUGUAUGUCACUCAAUAUCUGGAAUGAAUUAAAGAAGGUGAACAGGAGAAUUAUUCAGACCCUUCCUUAUUCAUGGAGGCUCAGACCCCUACGUAUUCAUAUUUACAAUGAUGUCCGACCGGAACACAAACUGGACAGCAAAUAUCAGUUAUGAAACCUCUUUUUCAUACUUGGACAAUGAUGAAGCACAAUCCCAAGAGCCUGUGUUAUCUAGAACAGGACACACAGUGGUGGCAAUUUUUCUUGGAUUUAUCCUUGUCUUUGGCUUCCUUAACAAUUUCAUAGUGUUAGUCCUAUUUUGCAAGUUCAAAACCCUAAGGACUCCAGUCAAUAUGAUGUUAUUAAAUAUAAGUAUUAGUGAUAUGCUAGUCUGUGUAUCUGGGACAACAUUGAGUUUUACAUCCAGUAUUCAAGGUCGAUGGGUUGGUGGAGAAUAUGGCUGUCAAUGGUAUGGCUUCGUCAAUUCCUGUUUUGGUAUUGUGUCGCUCAUCUCACUGGCCAUAUUGUCAUAUGAACGCUACACCACUCUGACCUUAUACAAUAAAGGAGGCCAUAAGUUUACUAAAGCCCUGCUUGCUGUGGCUAGCUCUUGGAUCUACUCACUGAUAUGGACCGUGCCACCACUACUUGGAUGGAGCAGCUAUGGGAAGGAAGGUGCAGGCACCAGCUGUUCAGUUCGCUGGACGUCAGAGUCUACAGAAUCCAUUUCUUACAUCAUCUGCCUUUUUAUCUUCUGCUUGGUCAUACCAGUUCUUGUCAUGGUAUAUUGUUACGGAAGGUUAUUUUAUGCUGUAAAGCAGGUUGGAAAAGUAAGAAAAAGUACAAGCCGAAAGAGAGAGUACCAUGUGCUGGUCAUGGUGAUCACCACUGUCAUCUGCUACCUUAUUUGUUGGCUGCCUUAUGGAGUGGUGGCUUUACUUGCCACAUUUGGAAGACCUGGAAUUGUCACUCCAGUUGCAAGUGUUAUACCUUCAAUCUUAGCCAAAAGCAGUACUGUAUGCAAUCCACUGAUCUACAUAUUCAUGAAUAAGCAGUUUUACAAAUGCUUCCUGUUACUCUUCCACUGUCCCCAGUCAUCACCCAUUAAUGGGAAAUCCCUGUGUCAAUCUAACCUAACUGUUAUUCAGCUCAACCAAAGACUCAACAGCACUGUGGUCCCUAAGCAAACACUGAUCCCAGGAGGCACUGAGAAGGUUUCAUUCAUAUUAAAUAAAGAUAAGGAAACAUCUGAUACAAACCAACACAUCUCAAAGCAAAAUAAAGACAAUUCUGUUUUGUGAAUUCCUUUAGACAUUUAUUAAAUAUGAAUCAAAGAAAUGACGGCCAUGUAAGAUUUGCUAUGCGGCAACUGAAAGCAUGUCAAUACCGUUUGGAUAACGUUGUCACGAUACGUACAUGGAGUGUAGAUUGGUAUGUACAGCUGACAGAACCUAAGAUGGAUCAAGUUUGGUAACAAUGGGAUUUCUAAUGAACAAAAUAAUAAUCCCAAAAAGCUGCCUGUGCCCUUGUUUUUUUGCACACAUAAAAGUCUGUCGUAGAAAUGGCUAUGCAAUAAGAGAUGAGAUAGCUCAAACGUCUCUAGGACAAAAAGGAUAUGAGGUUAAAUAAGUGAAUCUCAAGAAAAAGAAAAGGAACGCUGCUCUCAUGACUGCUCAUAAGCAAAGUUAUUUAUUAUUAGUUGUAUGCAUGUAACAAAUAUGUCUUAAUGUUCUACAUUUUAGCCAGACAAGGGAAAAUAAAAGUAAAUAAAAAACUUUUAACAUAACUUUAUUCUUUUAUGAGUUAUUUACAAGUUUCUGA